UCAGGUCACCACCAUGUGCACUUUAGAGAAGCGCGAGAACGUCUUCUUCCUAACUCUAACGGGAGACGACGAGCACCUGUUAAACCUGACACUCAUAGCUUCUCUCCGUUCGGUUCUUUCCGAUGUCAAGUCGCAGUCCAGUCGCGGCUCGGUUUUAAUCACCACAGCACAAGGCAAGUUCUUCUCCAACGGUUUCGACCUCAAGUGGGCCCAAGCGGCAGGCUCCGAGUCGACCUCCAGAGACCGACUGAUUCAAAUGCUCGAACUCUUCAGGCUGGUUGUAGCCGACCUGUUAGCCCUCCAAAUGCCAACCAUAGCCGCCGUGACUGGCCAUGCCUCCGCCGCGGGGUUGAUGCUGGCGAUGAGCCAUGAUUACGUCCUCAUGAGGAGCGAUAGAGGUGUGCUGUACAUGAGCGAGCUCGACAUAGGACUGCCCAUACCGGACUACUUCAUGGCAUUGGUGAGGUCAAAGGUGGCUUCGGUGGCGGCUCGCCGUGACUUGCUGUUGAGAGCCAUGAAGGUCAAGGCGGAGGAGGCGGUGGCUAUGGGGAUUGUGCACUCGGCGCAUGGUAGCUUGGAAGGCACGGUGGAAGCUGCGGUGCGCCUGGGGGAGGAAUUGGGCAAGAGGAGGUGGGACGGCGAGGUGUAUGCGGAGAUAAGGAAGGGAAUGUAUCCGGAGCUACGUGGCACGCUGGGGUUGGAGGAGAAAACCAUAUUCUUUCCACUGCUUUGAAAUACUAUCAAAUAACACUGCUAAUCUAAGCCUAAACGAUUAGUCAAAGGGCUUUUAUGUCUUAUUAAA